CCAGCUUUAUGUUGCUUAUUUAUCUCUAACAAAACACGUUAGCUGCUAACGUUAGCAUACAUUUAGAAGACUUCUAAGUUAAUUAUAUACAUCAAAACUGUUUAAGUGUUGCUUAAAUCAAUAAAUUAGUUUAAAGUGCUUUUACAUGAGGUCAAAUGCACCACCAUACUAACUGGACUAACCCUAAUACUAAACAGAAACCUCUGCCAGGAGUGGAGAUGUUAGAGGUGUUAACAUCUGUAGGAACAUUUACUGGCUGUUCUAAUUAUUUAUUUAUUCAUGACAUGAUAAAUGAAUUAUACAUGAUAAGAAUAAUUUGGACUCUAGCUGGUGUUGAAAAAAAAAAUAAAAAAAAAUAAAAAACAAAGCCUAGAAGCUGUGUGCAAAAUGAAAAAUGUAAACAACAGCCAUGUGCUGCUGAGAAAAUCUAUUGAUUAACUGAUCAUUAGGAAGUGGACGCAGCUUGCUGUUCUGGGGCCUGCAGGUGUGUUAACACAAUGCCUUACUGGGAAGACAAUGGUCUCAGAAGCAGCUGUUGUUAACCAUUUUAUGAGUAGGAUUAUAAGAUCUGGUUUUCAUUAUUCUGCAAAGACAUCCACAAGAAGAGGUGUUCUCUCUGAAAAGAAGGGAAAGUCAUUGCCUUUGAUACCUCAGUGGUUCUGAAUCAGUUUCAAGCAGCAACCCCCUCGUUGAGCCCCCUGACUGGAGUCUUUUUCCGCACACUGACCUUCCUGGAACACGACAUAAAGCCAGUCUUUGUGUUUGAUGGAAAGCCUCCUGUGGAAAAGACGCCUGUUCUGGAGAGGCGAGCUCAGGCGGCCGGUUGGAGCCCCCCCAAAAGAACGGGAAUGGGUAUACAUACACACAGAGUCAUCAUCGCAGACUAACGACGCUAUUGAGCUACUAAAACAUAUAGGUGUGCCUGUCAUCCAGGCUCCAGGGGACGCUGAGGCACUAUGCGCCAAGCUGGUGAGAGUGGGAGUUGUGGAUGCAGUGGCCUCCGAGGACAUGGACACGCUGCCCUUUGGAUCUAAUAUUCUUAUUCGCCAGCUGAAUGCUAAGAGGGACAGUGAAGUCAUGGAAUACUCAUUACCCAAGCUGUUGGAGAAACUUCAAAUUAAUCAUGAGGAGCUUGUGGACCUUUGUAUUUUGCUGGGCUGCGACUACUGCGACAAGAUCCCUGGUUUAGGUCCCAAGAGAGCUCUGACGCUGAUCCAGAACCAUCGUACUAUUGAGAAUGUGGUUUUGCACAUCAAUAGAAAAACCCAUCCUGUACCACAAUUCUGGAAAUACAAAGAGGCAAGGAAGAUCUUCUUGGAUGCAACAGAAACUACAGUUCCUGAAUUAGUUUGGACCGAGCCAGAUGAAGAAGCCGUGGUUGGCUUCCUCUGUCACACCAAACAUGUCAAGGAGGAGAGGAUCCGUCAUCGCAUGAAGACAUUUCAUAAAAAUCGAGAAAAUAGGCGGGAGAAGAGGAAAAUGGAGAAGGCAGCAGGAUAUUCCAGGCAGACUCGCAUGGAGAACUUCUUCAGAAUUACUAGAAAGAGAGAACAGCCGGUGGAAGCACCAUCCUCCUUAGGUGACAGCAACAAGAGACCAAGAUCAAAAUAAGUCAGCCUUUACGUUAACCUUUUGGAAGGUUAGCUUUCAAUAAUCUGCCUGCUUACAUCAAAAUAGUUACAAUAAUAAUGUCAGUUUAAGUGUCGGUUUGCCGGAUCUGUAACGCAACCUUAAUAUGGUGCUCAGAGGUAAAUAAUCUGUACAAAAAUCAUCAAGCUGCAUUUUUUUAUGGUAACAGAUGUUUAUUUCUAUUCUGUCCAAUAAUUCUGAAAGUAAAUUCAAGCAGCUGCUGGUUGAUAACAGUUGUGCGGUUAAAAAAAUGACUGCUUUGAUUAAAAAGCUUGUUUUUGAUCAAAUUAGAAGAAACGCCACUGAGAAUCAUGGAAAUAUAUUGGCCACAGCCCUUCAUCCCUUCACUGGAACACUAUUGCCUUUGACAGUACAUAUUAUAUUGUGUCAUUGUGUGCACACGGGUUCAGAACAAUGCGAUCCGGUUUUUAGUGUUGGUGCAUCAAGCAGUUUCCUGUGGAGUUUGUGAGACGAGCAGAGCAGGAGGUGUACGGCCAUGAAAGAGAACAGAGUGAUCUCUGUCAGGGAGGCCAAAACUAGGGACAGGCGAUGCCUCUUCUCUGGAUAUUCAGUCAGCACCUGUUGUCUAACAGGGGCCAAGACAGAAACCCAAGGCUUGAAUUUUAAAAUGUGCACUUUGUUGCUUUAAAGAGAAAGUGAGAUAACUAAGUCCAAGUGAAAAAGAUAUUUUGAAGAAAAGUGUAAAACCUGUUUUUGUUUUAUUUGUUGUUUUUAUGUAAUAUUGUUUUUCUUUUAAAAUUAAAAUUCAGUUGUACUUGUU